CAUGCUGCGGAGGAUGUCGCUCCUUUUCAAGCUCUAAUGGUGGCGCAUAUACAGUAUAGAGCAGCGAUGGCCGCGCUCUCUUCGUCCUCGGCUCGGUGCUGCGUCGGCUGAGAGUGGGCGGGACUUUGCCCCGUUUGCGAGCUUCCCAUUGGCCGCCCCGCUCCCACGCUAGAAUGAGGGGCGCUUCCGAAUCAUAUCCAGCAUGUUUUGCACGAGAAAUGUCAGACCGAGGGGGCUACCUUCUCCCUUCGCCCAAAUUCUCCACGAUAAUGUCAUGUUCGGACGCUCCAUCAGCGAAUGCCUUCUUAGUGGAUUCCCUGAUCGGCGGCAGGGCGGAGAACUGCGGAGGUCAUUACGCGGGGGGCGCCGCCGUGUGCGUGCCUCAUAGCGCAGCCGCCGAAGUGCCCUACGGACUGCACAACUAUGGAUACUUCGCAGGUCUCCCCAAGCGGGCAGACGCGGGGCCCCAAAACGCGGUCAGCGCUCCGGGCGCGUACCUGUCCAGCAUGGAGAUGUGGAUGGACGCGCAGAGGUCAUGUCGCGUGGACCAAGAGCGCCCCGUGGCUCCUCAGGUCACGCCCUGCUCCUUCCCGCAAAGCAUUAAGGAAGAGAGCGCUUACUGCCUGUAUGAGCAGUCCAAGUGCCCCAAAGAUUCUGGUGCCGAAGACCUGACGUAUUCACGGUUAGCCCCCAUCAACGAUGGCGGCGGCGGAGGAGGAGGAGGCGGCACAGUUCCUAUGCCGUGCUAUUUCCGCUUGUCUCAGACCCACGCGCACCCUCAUAAACUUUACAGCGCCGACGACCCGCAGCCGAACCCUCCCUUCUCUCAUCUGGGCCCGCACUCCAGCGCCCCCGGCCGCUUCCACUCGCCCGCGCCCACCUCCACGCAGGCUCCGAGCGCGCCGCAGAAAGGGAGCUGCGGGGACACCGAGGAGCCCCUGCCCGCCGGCCACUCGGACCGGCAGCCCCACGCGCCCCCCGCCAGUGAAGAUCCACGCGAGUCCACGGACGCGGAAGCCUCCUCGGCAGAAGAGAGCGAUGAGCAGGACAAGGAGAGGCCGGAGAAGGACGCCAAAGGCGACAACAAAAGUGACCACGCGGCCAAUAACUGGCUGACUGCAAAGAGCGGCCGGAAGAAGCGUUGCCCGUACACCAAGCACCAGACUCUGGAGCUGGAGAAGGAGUUCCUGUUCAACAUGUACCUGACUCGAGAGCGCCGCCUGGAGAUCAGCAAAAGCGUGCACCUGACGGACAGACAGGUCAAAAUUUGGUUCCAGAACCGCAGGAUGAAACUGAAGAAAAUGACGAGAGAGAACAGGAUCCGGGAGCUCACCUCCAACUACGGAUUUUCGUGAUGAACGAGGUGACCCCCCCCCCCCAAAAAAAAACAUUAAAAAGGGGAAAAAAUAGUAGUCGGGUGACGACCACCGCGCCCCAACGCACUCAUUUCACAUGUGGGCCACAGAACCUUGAUAACCGUCCUGUGGUGGCUCCAUGGAAACACGUCUACGUACCAGUCUCGUCUGUCGUGUUCUUGAUUAGUUGGUAGGCAGUGGAACACAUUUCUCCCAUUUUAAGAAAAAAAAAAACACACACACACACUUCUUAUUUUCAGUCAAAUCUCUACGAAAAUAAUUGACCUCAGUUUGCAUGGAAUCAUUUUACAAUCACCACCUAAAUAAUAACUAUGAAUAAUAAUAAUAAUAAUCCACCUGUGACCAAGUUAGAUGUUUAGUCAACAGUCCUCUUUUGUGUACUAGCUAAAUGUGUCAGUUGAGUAAACAAUCUUUAGUGGCGUUUUCACGAAAAAAAAAAGCGCAGCACGCGUGGCCAUGUUUUUGAUUUGUAUAUAUUUUUGUGUACAUGCCGACAUUGUGUUUUUUGUGUCAUGCUGA